GCCGGCCAGAUGUUGUCGGAUGACUCCUCUCCAGAUCUGGCUCUCAAAGGGUCCUGAAAGCAAGCGCGAAGCAGGUGCAGGUGCAGCAGGGCAGCAGGAUUCGGCACAGCAGCAACCAGGCCACGCUGCGACGGACCAAAGCGGCACAGUCGAGCAAGAAUCAUGGUCGUCUGCCAUCAAAAGCAUGGUCAAUUCUCUCAGACCUACCUCGACCCGGUCACCCACCCGGCGCGCCUCCGCCAGACACCCCACACCACCACCCUCCAAGCUCUCAAGCACGUCGCCGCACCCCCUGGCCGACGACCAUCAAGCUGUCGAGAGCCCAGCACAGGGCGACAGGCCUGCCAAACGCCUCAAGCUGACGCUCAAAGGGCCGAAGCUUGCUGCGGUACCUGCUGACGUUAGCGACACAAACGCGACCAUCCCGUCUCCGAGACCGCCCGUCAAGCUGACUCUCUCCGAACCACAUGGUCCUCUAUUGCAGACUACCAACGGCGUACGCAAACCCCUGAGUGUCACCGAAGACUCAAUACCCACCAACACGUCACCUUCUGUAACUACGGCUUCAACUCUGAACCCCUCACAAAGACAAACUCGAAAGACGUCAGAGAGGCGUAGUCUGCGCUCUCACGAUGAAGGUCCGCGAUUGAAGAGCGAGCUGGCUGUAUAUUUUCCCAAUUACGAGGACAUCAUCUACGACUCCAACAAGGAACCAGAAUUCAUCACUACGGACACAAUCAUUCACAUCAGUGACGAGCCCUAUGAUCCUGCACAAGAUCCGAACUUCAAACCCGACCCUUCAUUGAGCAAUUCGAAGAGCCAACGUGCUUCGAUAUCUCCUACAAAAGCACCACUUUCGCCAAAGCAGAGAAACCAAUAUAAUGGCGCCCAGGUCAUUGACUUCUCGUCAAUUGAGAAAAGUGUGGGCCAUCAUCCAAAAGACCCUUUGACAGAUGCUUUCUACUUCAAGUCGCAUCGUCGAGCGGAGCGCAAGGAGAAGCAGUUACGUAAUAUCGAAAAGGAGAGAGCGAUGCACGAGAAGGCCCAACUUGAAAGACUCCUCGAAGCCUUGCANGGGCACGAUUGGCUGCGCGUUAUGGGCAUUGUCAGCGUAGCGGAUGCAGAUGCCAAGAAGUACGAGCCAAAGAGAAAGUACUUUGUUGAUGAAGUCAAUGCACUGUUGUUGAAGUUCAAAACGUGGAAGGGACGAAGAAAGGCGAAUACGGAAGCUGCUGCCAUGGCAGGGGAUGAUGAUGAAGAAGAAGACGAGAGCGAGAGUGAGGUGUCUUCCGCCGAUCUGGAUGCCUCAGCAGCUCGCCAAUUACAAAUCGAAGCUUCAGGAGGAGCCAAAGGUGCGAAAGACAGUAAACCUGGAAAGCUUAAAAGCAAGACUCGGCCAUCCGCUCCAGUUCCCGAGCCCGCCCCUCCACCUCCAGCUCCUUUUCCGACGAUAUAUCGAGAGCCAACACCAGAAGGUCCCUUUGUCAGCUUCUACUCCAAACCCCAUCUGCGGGCAGCGGCCUUGGGAAAUACCAGACAUGGUCGAACCCUCACAGCAUUCGGGGUGGCAAUACCGGAGGUCGAGGAACGUGAUUUCGCUUUGCCGGAAGACUACGUGACUCCAGAAGCACUGAGAGACAAUGCAAGAAAACGCAGGAGAAUGAAGCGUGAGACGGCAAUGGAUUCAGGCAAGGCU